AUGGCGGCCUUGGCCGAACCGGAGGCCCGCGGCCCGGGAGGCCGUGGCGGUCCCGGCAAAGCAGGUCAAGGGCCCCUCCGAGGCCGUCUGGCCAAUCAGAUCCCCCCUGAGAUCUUGAGCAACCCACAGCUGCAGGAGGCCAUCCAGGCCCUGCCCUCAAACUACAACUUUGAGAUCCCAAAGACCAUCUGGAGAGUCCGGCAAGCCCAGGCCAAAAAGGUUGCCCUGCAGAUGCCAGAAGGCCUUCUCAUGUUUGCUUGUACCAUUGUUGACAUUCUGGAAAGGUUCACAGAAGCUGAGGCCAUGGUGAUGGGGGAUGUGACGUAUGGUGCCUGCUGCGUGGAUGACUUCACUGCCCGUGCCCUGGGAGCCGACUUCCUGGUGCACUAUGGCCACAGCUGCCUGGUGCCCAUCGAUGUCUCGGCCCAGGGCCUUCGGAUGCUCUAUGUUUUCGUAGAUAUCCGGAUAGACACUGCCCACUUAUUGGACUCAGUUCGACUCGCCUUCCCCCCAGAGACUUCCUUGGCGCUGGUCAGCACCAUCCAGUUUGUAUCCACUUUACAGAUAGUUGCCCAAGAGCUGAAAUCUGAGUACAAAGUUUGUGUGCCUCAAUGCAAGCCACUGUCCCCUGGAGAGAUCCUGGGCUGCACAUCCCCUCGGCUUUUGGACAACGUGGAGGCCAUUGUGUAUCUCGGUGAUGGCCGUUUCCAUCUCGAGUCUAUCAUGAUUGCCAACCCUGGUGUUUCUGCAUACAGAUAUGACCCGUACAGUAAGGUCUUGUCCAGGGAGCACUACGGCCAUGAGCAAAUGCAAGCUGCCCGCCAAGAGGCCAUCUCUGCUGCCCGUUCUGCCCGAUCCUGGGGCCUCAUCCUGGGCACCUUGGGCCGCCAGGGAAGCCCCAAGAUCCUCGAGCAUCUAGAAUCCCGGCUCCGCCACUUGGGGCUCUCAUUCUUCAGGCUGCUGCUCUCGGAGAUCUUCCCCAGCAAGCUCAGCCUGUUCCCAGAAGUGGAUGUGUGGGUACAGGUGGCCUGUCCACGCCUCUCCAUCGACUGGGGCACAGCCUUUCCCAAACCGCUGCUUACCCCCUAUGAGGCAGCCGUGGCCCUGAGGGACGUCUCCUGGCAGCAGCCCUACCCCAUGGACUUCUACUCGAGCAACUCCCUGGGGCCCUGGGCAGUGAACCACGUGAGCCACCGGCAGGGCCAGCGGCUGAGGGCGUCGUCGUCUGGCGCGGGCGAGCAGGUGAAGGGGCCCGUGGCUACCGGGCCGCCCGUCGGUUGCAAUGACUGUGCCUGCCUCAAGAAGGCAGCGCCUUCGCCUGCGUUCUGAACUAGAGCCCCUUAGCCGGAGGCCCAUUUCUUGGGUUUCAUCGCGGCUCCUCCCCUUUCCCCCAACCCCGUCAAGGAAAAGGUCGUCCAAGCUGGUCACGCCC